UCUCGUCUUCGACCUUCCGAGGCCACACUGCCAUAACCUGACAGGAGGUUCCCAAAAACGACAAAGCCUUUCCUUGUUCGUCUUCCAUCCGAAUCCGCGUCCACGCCACGAAGGCGCUAUUGUCGCAAAUGCUGACUGACCCCAGAGGGUGACUUUUGACUUCGAUGAAACACUGCACACAGCACGAUCCACGCAACUCUAAAUCCUUAUCAUCUCAUCGCAGGAAGCAUUCCCAAUAGACUCGAGACAAGUAACGAGCUCGCCCGGUGCACUAUAGCCAUGGCCAUGAACAUGAACGAUGGAUCUCACCCCCCUCAACAACAACAGGGAUGAUAGAAAAAAAGAGGUGCAGGCUGCAGCUGUCCCAGAUGUACCUUUUCAACGUUUUUCAUCCGACCACUCACAAGUCCUCUCAACCGCAUUGGAAAAAACUUACUCACACACAGCUUCCAAACACGCUCCGCUCCUAGGCUUCCUAGUUCGACCAAGACACGCACACAAUUGCUGAUAACAC